CCACCUUCCAUAAACGAAGGUAGAUCGAAGAAAAGGAGGAGAGAGUCGGAGGAAGCCAAAAAGCUCACCUAUGACUGAUCACGCUUCCUUAACGUCCUCCGCCGCCGCCGCAGCAGCAGCAGCAGAAGAUGAUGGCGAUGAGUCUCCCAGGUCGCCGGCCGAGAGCCUCGACCUCAUCCUCCACCGCCUCCUCCCUUUCCUCCUCGCUGCCGCACUCUCCGCACGGUCCCUCGUCGGCCGGUGGCGCUUGCUUCACUCCAAGCUCUCACUCCUCCUCUCCGCCCUCGUCGACUCCUCGGCCUCCCCCCACUGGCCCUCCAACCCGCUCUUCCGCGACCACCUCCUCCCCGCCCUCCGCUCCACCCUCCGCGACCUCCUCUCCCUCUCGGAUCGCUGCCUCGAUCCUUCUCUCCCCGGAGGCAAACUCCGACUUCAGAGCGACCUCGACAUCGCCGCCUCGGCCCUCUCCCUCCACCUCCACGACCUCAAUCUCCUCCUCCGUUCCGGUCUCCUCCACCACGACUCCUCCCACUCCGACCCCGAUUCGGCGGCUGCCAUCGUCCUACCGGUCCCCGGCCCCUCCGCCUCCCGCGCCGAGCUUGCCCUCUUCGUCCGCGACGUCUUUGCCCGCCUCCAGAUCGGCACGCUCGACCUCAAGCACAAGGCCCUCGACUCCCUCCUGGACCUCCUCGCCGCCGAUCCUGCCAAGGUCUCCCGCCUCGUCGUCGACGAGGGCGACCUGCCCUCCCUGCUCCGCCUCCUCGACCCCUCCGCCCACUCCCUCCUCCGCGACCGCGCCGUCGCCGCCAUCUCCCACCUCGCCACCGCCUCCGACGCUUCCCGCCACGCCGUCUUCGAGGAGGGCGCCCUCGGCCCCCUCCUCCGCCUCCUCGACUCUGGACCCGCCGCCCUGAAAGAGCGCGCCGUUGCCGCGAUCCACGCCAUGACCGCCGACCGCGCAUGCGCCUGGGCCGUCUCCGCCUACGGCGGCGUGUCGAUCCUCGUCGCCGCCUGCCACACCGGAUCCGGCUCGCCCGCCGUGCAAGCCCUCGCCGCCGGAUCCCUCAAGAACGUGGCUGUCAUCGAGGACAGUAGGGCCUCCAUGGCGGAGGACGGCGCCGUUCCGGUCCUCGUCGACCUUCUUGUCUCCGGGAAUCUCGAAGCCCAAAAGAAUGCCGCCCUCUGCCUCGCCUCCCUCGCCGUGAUGGGCGGCUCCGAGAUCCGCGCCGCCAUCCUCCAAGAGGGUGGCCUACGCCGUCUCCUCCAGUUUCUCCGCGACGCAUCGGACCCGGAGGCCAUAGAUCACGCCCUGAGAGCGAUCAGCGCCCUCUCCGCCUCUCCCGCCGCCGCCAAGCUCCUCUCUUCGUCCCCAUCUUUCUUCGCCCAACUGACGGAUCUGAUAAAGCGCGGGAGCCUCGCGAGCCAGCAGACAGCGGCGUCCCUGGUCUCCGAUCUCGCCCCAGGCGAAGUCAUCAAGCGAUCCGUAGCGGAGUCGAUACCGGCGCUGGUCAAGAUGAUGGAGUGCUCGAAGCUGGGGAGCGCGCAGCAGGCGGCGGCGGGGGCUCUGACGUCGUUGCUGGCGGUGCCGUCGAAUCGGAGGGAGCUGUCGAGGGACGAAAAGAGCGUGACGAGGUUGGUGCAGAUGCUGGACCCGAGGAACGAUGCAGUCGGGAAGCAGCUCCCGGUGGCGGUUGUGCUCGCAAUGACGGCCGGCCGUGGCGGCGCUCGGAAGCGGAUCGGGGAGGCCGGGGCAUGCCAUCAUUUGCAGAAGCUGGUGGAGGCCGACGUCCCCGGGGCCAAGAAGGCGUUGCAGCGGAUCUCCGGCGGUCGGCUCAAGCAGUUGUUCUCCAUCGGGUGGCCUCAUUGACGAUUAGGCCCCCCAAAUCUAGCCAUCAAAGGUUAUUAAUGGCGGGAAUGGAAAGGUGAAGAAUAAGAGAGAAGCAAAGGAAAAAAAAGGUAUGUGUGUGUAUGUGUUUUAUUAUUGCAAAUAGAGUAUAAUGAGCCAUUGGAUAGAGGUUAGGUACAGUGACGACAAGAAGCAUGCAUGCCAUGGAUGCGGAGUUUUAGGUGUAUCCUUGUGCUAUUUGUUCUGCUAGAUUUUGUUGCGUUUAUUAUUAGAUUCUCUCUCUCUCUCUCUCUAUAAAUAUAUAAUAUGUAAAUUUGUUUGCUGACUUACAUAAAACAAUGUGGAUUAUGGGUUUGUUUGCUC